UCCUGCAGGAUUUUUUGGAAUCUACUGUGAACAUUCGUGUACCUUUCCCAAUUACGGCCCUGGUUGUCUGAUGAAGUGUGUCUGCACUAAAGAUAUUUGCAACCCAGCAACAGGAUGUGCUAAUCUGUCAAAGACAACUACACAAGAGAUUGCUACGUCAGUUUCCACCCCUGAGAUUUGGAAGGCUGACUUGAGAAGCUCCUCAAUAUCUGCUUUAUAUUCUGACAUAUUAAAAGUGACUAAACACAACCCAAAAAGUGUGGAAAGGGGAGUAAGAGCUCAAGCUGGUGCAAUGUUAGUGAGCAUAAUUAUUUUCGGAGCACUUUCUCUGAUCAUUAUCUUGCUAUACAUGUGCGUGUCGUUGAAAACCUUCUUAAACAGGAGGCACUCGGAUCCACGCUCAGAAGAAUAGA